UUUCCCUUCCCCUUCCCCUCGUUCAUGCUCCUAUAUUAACGACUAGAAUUCACACAUCCAACAAGACUUGUUUGUUACUCGACACUCAUUCGUCUCUUCCUCUUUUCCUCUCUUUCUCACUCAUCCUGGUGAUGCGGUCGGCGAUCCUCCCAUAUUAACUUUCCCCUGUUGUUUACCCCGUGGCAGCGCGCCCCCAGCCCAGCCCACUUGACGAAUUCUGAGACGACUACUUUUUCCUACUCGCUCGAGGAUAGACCUCCUGCUACUACAUCAGACUACAGAUUUCUUUACAAGACUCAGUCAUUUUUCCAAACCUCAUUGAAACCGCAAUCAUGCCGUCCAUACCCCCUCCCCUGACUUUAUCUCACCGCCAUACCCGGAGUCGAUCGUCCAACAUCGACUUCGACCCUAUUUCACCAGGCACCUACGCUCCCAACGGUUUUUCCUAUCAGUCGCCUCGGUCGCCGCGUACACCUCGUUCAUCCGCUCCUCCCUCUCCCACCGACUCUCGCCCGCAGCGUGCCAACAGCAUCAAUGAAUCGCACCGGAUGUCGGUCGACUUCGGCGGCGCGGCCGGUGGAGGUGGCCUGGGCAACCUAGCGGAUGAGCUGGCCGACGCAUGGGAGGAGGAGGAAGGGGGUUACGGAGGUUACGCCUCCGGGCAGGACACCGGGGCUCCCGACCACGCACAAUACGCGACUCACAGCGAGGACGAAGCUGCAUACAACCAUCAUACACGAACCCCGUCCUCCGGUUACUCCCCGGAGCGGAAUUCCACGCUGCAACCCCCGCGGCCCAAAACGCGCAAUGGCACCCAGCGGCAACACCGCCGGUACGAGUCGCAGUACGAUGGCUCCGACUACGGGAACGACUCGGACUUCGAGGAAUCGGAUAUGCCCCCGAGUCUGGAAACACAGAUGGCAGAGAUUGAGAGUCUGGCUCGACGAGGCAUUGAGAACAACGGCAGUGAGAAUGACUACGUGAUUCAACGAGCGGUGGAGGCUUUGCGGGAUUUGGGCGCUCAGAGCGGCAUCGAGAACAAUGCCAUGAGGCUCAUUACCGCUCACUCCUCCAUCACGUCGCAUCUAACACACCAAACGCGGGCCCUCCAAACCCUCAUCCACCCCCUCCUCUUCUCGCCUUUCCCGCUUCUGUCGGAGGAUGCCAUUGAUGCACUCAUCCCGCUCAUCGACGAAGAACUCUUGCCCAACCUUCCCUACCCUUUCCCCGACCAGCCCCGUCACUCCUCCCGGCCCACCACCCCCUCGCAGUCUUCAGCCCUCAACCCGCUCGUCUCCCUCCAGAGUCUCGUCUCGCAGACGUCCGACAUCACCCUCUCCCUCCGGGGCUUGAGCGAUACGCUGUACGAAUCCCGACAACUGACCGCCACCGCCUCGCGACGGCUCCGAUCCGCACGGGAACUGGUGGCGGAGCUCCGCCGCGAAGAAGAGGGCCGCGAGGAAGGAACGCGGUGGAUCGAACGCGGGGACUGGGACCGGCGGCUCCGCGACCGAGAAGCCGGCCGAGUCUGCGGCGACGUGGUCAGUGGGUUUGAGGCGGUCUGCGGCGAAUGGCGGGAGAAGCUCUUCGGAGCCGCUGGAGCUACCGCUACCCCUGGCGCCGAAGUCGCUGCCGCAUGAUGAACGUCAUUCAAGGAAGCACAUACAACAGAAAAAUAUCUUUGAUCUAACUCCAACAUCUCACCUUAUAAGAAAAAACGAUCACAGCACCUGUGUCAUGACCUACUUACUUCCUUUCCCCUAUUUCCUGAUGACACACCGCAUCACCCCCUCCCUUUUUCCUUGCUAUUUUUCUCCUCAUCAAGUAUAUAGACAUUGCCUUUUUCCCCCACGCUAUAAGCUUCUAACUUAUUCACCUAAGAGCCUUUUUUGGUUCUUGUUUCUUAUCUUUCGCUGGUCGAAGUUUCUUAUCUUUAGAUUUUCCGCUAUCGGUUAUGUUCUUUUUUCCCUCUCUGGAAGGAUUCAUUAAUGAACUUGGUCUUUCUUGCAAGCAUCGCUCUCAUGUCAUUGAUCUUACGCGAUGAUGC